UUUGUUUCUCAGUAAUCGAAACUAUCAUUCAGUGUUUAGAUCUCAGUACAGUUAAGGCAGGUCUGAGCACAGAAAGACAUGGACCCUGUUACAGCUGCAGCAGGAGCAGUAGGAGCUGUUGUGGCAGCUCCUUUUGUUCUGGGGGCAGCAGGUUUCACCUCAGCCGGGAUAGCAGCAGGCUCUGUGGCUUCUAAAAUGAUGUCAGUUGCUGCAGUUGCAAAUGGAGGAGGAGUGGCAGCAGGAGGUGUGGUGGCUACUCUACAGUCAGCAGGUGCGGCUGGUCUGUCUGGAGCUGCCACUGCAGUUGUGGGUGGUGCUGGAGCAGCAGUGGGAUGGCUGGCUAGCUUCAUCAGCUGAAAAUCCUGAUGGAAUAAUGUAUAAGGAAUAGUACAUACGCUUAUCUGAUGGAAACAAUUGGAAAUUCUAUCAAUGAAGGAGAGCGUUUGUGCUUUGAAAUGUUUCCUUAUAUGCAUUUAAUUUGAGAUUAUGUUUUGACAUUUCUGCAAACAUACUGAACUUUAACUAAAUAAAAUGCGGCUGAAAAGUA